AUUGUGUAUGACCGUGAUAUAGGUAUAUACGGUAUAUACCAAAGCAAUGUCAAUACAUUGUAAAAUAUAGUAUGAGUCCGACUUGGUCGAGACGUUCUAUACGACACCGAUUUCAUGAAAAAUAAUGGCGUCCAUUAUCAAAGACACUGGUGAAAUUUGGAGUCGACUUUUCGAUCAUCGACCGUUCGUCCAGGGUGAAAUCACGUUCUUCCUACGAGAGUUUCAGGAAAAGAGAGGCGACAAGGAAGUGGAACAUCUUUUCAAAAUACUUGAAUAUUCAACUGAUUUGAAGGAAAGUCAAUUGGAUCGCGCAGAACAACUAGGAGAUUGCCAUUUACCUAGCUUAAAAGCAAAUGUGGAUGUAGCACUGAGCAUGUGCGAAAGAGUCCUCCAAAGGGAACAAAACUUUGAUAUUGACAAAACAUUAGAAGAAAAUAGAAAAAUAAGAAAAUUAGAAUGGGAGAAGUUUGUCAAUGACAUUAGUGAAAAGUGUGAGAAAGUAAAUCAAACAUUUGAUGAAAAGGAAAAUGAAAUAAAGGAGUUUUAUACCGAUCUGGAAAAAAAGCUACAUAUUGCAUUAUAAAUUGUGUUCUUGCUGCACCAUUAUAGCAGACAUAUCAUAUCAAUGUGUUAUACAUA